GGCGUCCCGCUGGCCCCGGCGGGGUGGGCGACCGCUACUGCGCAGGCGUCCCAGGAAGCGCACGGCCGAGCCGCGCUCCGCCGGUGUCCGCUUCGCCCGCAAGUAGCCUGGAGCGCGCGGUUCCGCUAGCGCCUAGUUCCGCGCGUCGGACCGAGGUGGCCGCGGCUGCGGGAGCCCUAGCUGCUAUGUUCAACGUGUUCGUUAUGAAGUUAUUAGUAAUACUUUUAUUUCUGGGACUUGUCGCCGACUGUAGAGGUAACUCUUCCUAUAGCUUGACACCGCAGUUACUUCUGGUGUCCUUUGAUGGCUUUAGAGCUGACUACCUGAAGGACUAUGACCUUCCUCACCUCCAGAACUUUAUCAAAGACGGUGUCUUGGUGGAACAUGUUACAAACGUUUUUAUCACAAAAACGUUUCCAAACCAUUACAGCAUCGUGACAGGCUUAUACGAGGAAAGCCAUGGCAUUGUGGCCAACACCAUGUAUGAUGGCGUCACAAAGAAACAUUUUUCUGAGUCUAAUGAUAAGGAUCCAUUUUGGUGGGAUGGGGCAGUGCCAAUUUGGGUGACCAAUCAGCUUCAAGGAAACAGAUCAAGUGCUGCUGCCAUGUGGCCCGGAACUGAUGUGCCCAUCCACAAUACUACACCUUCCUAUUUUAUGAGCUACAGCAGCUCAGUGCCCUUUGAGGAGAGACUCAAUAAUGUCACCUCCUGGCUCAGUAGUUCCAACCCACCCGUCACCUUCGCCACGCUCUACUGGGAAGAACCAGAUGCAAGCGGCCACAAAUACGGGCCUGAAGAUAAAGGAAACAUGAGCAGGGUGUUGAGAGAAAUAGAUGGCCUUAUUGGUGAUCUGGUACAAAAACUCAAGGAGUUAGGACUGUGGGAAAACCUUAAUGUGAUCAUCACAAGUGAUCACGGGAUGACUCAGUGCUCUGAGAACAGACUGAUACAUCUGGACGCCUGCAUCGACCCCUCAAACUACAGUCUUAUAGACUUGACCCCUGUGGCUGCGAUUCUUCCCAAAAGAAAUGUAACAGAGGUUUAUGACAAACUGAAACACUGUAGCCCUCACAUGAAUGUUUAUCUCAAAGAAGAUAUUCCUGCCAGAUUCCACUACCAACAUAGUGAUCGAAUUCAGCCUAUUAUUUUGGUUGCUGAUGAAGGCUGGACAAUUGUACUAAAUAAGUCAUCAUUAAAGUUAGGUGACCAUGGCUACGACAAUUCUUUGCCUACCAUGCAUCCAUUCCUUGCUGCCCAUGGUCCUGCUUUUAGAAAAGGUUACCGGCAGAGCACUGUUAACACCGUGGAUAUUUACCCGAUGAUGUGCCACAUACUGGGACUCGAACCGCAUCCUAAUAACGGAACGUUCAGCCAUACCAAGUGUUUGUUAGUGGACCAGUGGUGCAUUAACCUCCCAGAAAUCAUUGGGAUUGUCAUCAGUGCGCUAUUGGUAUUAACCAUGCUGACAGGCCUUAUAAUAUUCAUGCAGAACAGAACGUCCGCUACCCGUCCGUUCUCACGCCUUCAGCUGCAGGAAGAUGACGAUGAUCCUUUAAUUGCAUAACCUAUGGUGUCUUAUUAGUUUUAAAUCUAAGGAUCCAUGCAAGCAAUGGUGUUACAACAUAAAGAGAUAGGUGUCAAAAGACAAGACAAACAUGCUAAAGCCACUCUGGUUUUUCUUGUGUCUUGUUUUGGAGUGUCACCUGAUAUAAAUGACCGUGACAGUGGUAGAGUUGCUGGUGGAUCCCUGCAGACCACCUGUUUCACUAACACGAGCCUUUGAGAAAAAUAGUAUAGUUUCUUUCUUUUUCAAUAAAAAUCUAACUUUCAGUGAAAAUACACCAGAAUUUAAUAGGCAUGCUUUUCUAACAAAUUUCUAUGUUUGUAAGUGACAGGGAAAUAUUUAUGUAAUUUGUGAAUUUUGUGUAUCCUGGUGAAAAAGUUGCCUAUAUUUUUAUAUUUGCCUUUAAGUAGUGUGUGACCUGAGAAAACCCUUGAAGUAGGAAAUUCUGUGAUGGUUAAUAAGUGGAUUAGCCACACAGUGGAGCGGUAGCAUAAAGAAAUCACUUUAAGUAAAGCUGCUAAAAACAAACAAAAACCAACUAAGACUAUGAAAAGUCUGAGCUUGUUAAGGCCCUGAGCUGUUGACAAGUCACAAGUCGUCUUUGGAGCUGGGUUUGGUUGUGAGUGCCCCUUGUAGGUCCAAUAGUUGGGGGCAGGGUGGAUGAGGCAGAGGACCUUGAGAUUGAGUCCAGGCCAGCCUGGGUUACGUACCAAGACCUUGUGGUUUUAGCUACAUUUUUUGAUAUUAUUGUUAAUAAGAAAUUUCAAAGAAAAUAGAGAAAAAUCAUUUCCCCUAUUUGUGUUUAAUGUCUUUGGGUAAGGUGUGUGUGCGUGAGUGUGUUUGUGUAUGAAUGUCUUGUGACUUACAAAGGGAACUGGACUAUGUGCCAGCGCAGAGCUGUCAGGAAAGGUCACUUCUUGCACACCUUAGUUGUAUAUUAUCGUCAACUCACAAGUUGAUAUUACAGUUAAAAACUCCUGUUAGUUUUCAGUUUUCAUGUUUAUUGGAAAUGUUCAAAUGCUGUAGAAAAACACAAGGCUGUGAGAUCAGGAUUUUUAUAUUUACUUUUGAGACUUUAAUGUGCCUUCCAUAUAGAAGAGUGGUAAGAAGUGUAAAGUGGAGUUUGGUGUCUCCUGCUUCUUCGCCGUGGUCACGUGGGUGCUCCUGUGCUAAGGGGCAGAGCAGCCCUGCCCUACCCUGCUCACUUCCUCACUGGACUCUUCUUAACCCUUCACUAAGAACCGUAGGUGUGUUGAGAAGCACUGCCUUCGCUCCCUAGCUGCUCUGUUUCUCAGCACCAGAAUUAUUAGAACAAACAGCUCACGUGAUGUCUGUUAGAGAAAAGACCAGUGGUUUGCUGACUAGAGUGAUCUUUAAGUUCUAACAUGAAACUAGCUUGGCGAUGGCGCCACAGUAAGUGUGCAGCACAGUCAAGCAUUUGAGGCAGUGACACCUCCUGGUGAUGGCGCCACAGUAAGUGUGCAGCGCAGUCAAGCAUUUGAGGCAGUGACACCUCCUGGGCAUCUCGGAGAGACUGCAUUGUCUUGGCUCAUUGCUACUUUCUUGAUGCCUGGUAUCUGGCUCCCAGUGUUGGAGUUUUGAGAGGCAUUUCUGUACUCCAUACAUAAUCUAUGCUGUUGAUCCUAAAAAUGGGUGUUUUGUAAACAGAAUAGGACUGAUUUUGUUCAUAAAUGUUCUGACUUGUUACAUGUACCACCGAUACUAAAGGAUAAAGAGUUUAUAAAAUAAAAUAGUAGAGAAAUUUCUGCAUACAUUUUUUUUUUUUAGCUGUCUGCCAGUAGAGUAUUUAACACGAGUUGAAGAAGGUGUAGUCCUACAGUGCUGUGGGUCUCAGUGACUCUGUUGGCUCAGUUGUGGCUUAUACAGGUGGGCACCCAGCCUAUGAGUGAGUUUUUAGAAAGGGUAGGAUAAGAAAGGAGUCCUGUUGGUGUCUUAGCCCUUGCAUCAGAUGUAUUUAGUUUGUCUUUUAUUCUCAGAAUACUAGAACUAUGUAAUGUUUUAUAAAGUGCUUAUUCAGGAAAUAAGAAUAGUAUUUAUUUAAGUAGAUUAUCAUAUUGAACUUUGUGCUAAUUCAUUUGUGUCUUUGAAACAGUGUAUUGCUGUUAAAGCUCUUGAGAAUCCAGUUUUGCUCUGAGAAAAUCUUGUAAUGAAGCUAGCCUUUGACAUGGAGGUUUGCGUGUGUAUGCUGUCAAAUGAUUAACUAAAUUCUGCUCUGCUUUCUGUUCAGGAGAAAGUAUUGACUUCAGGAAGUACUUAGCUCUUGAUGACAGUACCCAAAGGUGGUAGGAAAGUGUUGGUGUGUUUUUGUUAAUUUCAUGAGUCAGCUCUGUACCUUGACUUUCUAGUAGUGGGGCAAUUGUGUUGAUGUUAUCCAGCUGUUAUACAGGCUCUUCCAUAGGAGCAGCGGGGUGUGAGAAGGGCUUGCUAGCCUUGCUAUCCAGUAGGUGACUUUAAGAAUCCACAGGUAAAGUCACAGGUAAAGUCUUGGAAUAUUAAAGGAUCAAAUGCCUUUGCACUGAAAUUGGGCUCUUUCCCUUCUGUGCCCAACUUGUAAGCUUUAAGGAUGUUUGGCUUUAAUUCCUCCUAUGUAGAGUGGUUUAUUUCAUUGUUAAUUUAUGACGCUACAAAUGAACAAAGCUCGGUGUGCACUGGGUCAGUUCUCCAACAGCAUGUGAAAACUGAGUGCUUUGGGGAAACUUGGAGUGCCUUAAGUUAAAGGAGAUACAUUUUGACCAUAUUGUUUGAACUUGUAGCUAAUGACUUUGCUUUGAUAAAUUUUAUGUGAAUAAAGUCUACCCAGACAAAUA